GGGGCGACGCUGACCUCCCUCUGCCCGCUCCUCACGGAGAUGCACUGCCUGUCCCACGGGAGCUCCCUGCUGCCGGCCGACAGCAUCGUCAGCAUCGAGUACCUCCAGAAAUACGAGACCACCGUGGAUGCUGUGUACAGGCUCUACUCCAGCUUCAGGGGGGAAAGCGAUGGCCUGCAGGAGCUGCGGAGUGCCCUGGACCUCUGCGAGAUAGACCUCGGGAGCCCCAAAGCCAUCCACUGGACUUCUAUUUUCCCAGCUGUGGAAGCCAUCGAUUCCUCGUGGCCCACGCUGGUGCUGCUGCUGGAGAGCGAGGCGGAGCGGUCGCCCGUGGCCCACGGCCUCUGCGAAGAGCUCAAGAAGUUCCAGUUCGUGGCCUUCACCAAGAUCCUCCUGGACGUCCUGCCCAUCUUCCAGAAGCUCAGCCGCUUCUUCCAGAUCGAGGACUUCGACCUCUCCAUCCUGAAGCCCAUCGUCUCCGCCACAGCCACCACCUUGCAGGCCCAGAAGAACACCAGCGGCCAGAACCUCCAGGAGUUCCUCAACGAGAUGAACGAGCACCCACAGGACGACCGGGAGGGCGAGAGCCGCCUCUACUACAAGGGUGUCGAGCUGGCCAACUGCUCCGAGGUGCACCUGAAGCACUUUGAGCGCCUGAAGGAGAGCUACCUGGAGAGCGUGCGGGGCAACCUGCUGGACAGGUUCCCCAGCAGCGUCCUGGAGGCCGUCAGCUCCUUCUCGGCCAUCUUCAACCCCAAGUGCUACCCCCAGUCUCUGGAGGACCUUGGCAGCUAUGGGGUCAGCGAGCUGAAUUUCCUCCUGCAGGCCUACUCCCGGGUGGUGGUGAGCGAGCGGGCGCUGAGCGAUUUCCCCCUCUUCAAGCGGAUCGUCUUCAGCCUCAGCCAGCUCUCCUUCAAGGACCUCUGCGUCAAGCUGGUCUACAGCAACUCCGAGAUGCACGAGCUCUUCCCAGACUUCGCCGUCCUCGCGGCCAUCGCCCUGGCCUUGCCACUGGGCUCAGUCCUUGCUGAGAAGAUCAGCCGGGGCCGGGAGCUGCUGAAGCGCGGCCGGUCACGCUGCGCGAAGGAUGAGGGGCUCUCCGACCUGAUGAAGAUCGCCAUCGACGGGCCGGCCAUCAACGAGUUUGACUUUGCGUUGGCCAUCGAGUACUACGAGAGCAUGAGGGA